AUGGUGUCCAACGAUCCAAAGCCAUCAAAAAGACGAACAGGUCGACACCGCCUCCCACCCCUCGCACAGGGUCCUGCCCUCCAAUUCAUCGUUGCAACCCAUCCAGAUGAUUUCCGGGCUACGACAGUCCUGAGAAAUGUACGAUCACAUGUCAUGUAUAAACACCAAGAGACUCGAACAUCAUCACCUGCGACUCUGGCCAGAAGCCGCGAAGGUAGCAAUGGACCAAGUGCUUUGACACGAACCCCAAGCCCGGUCACAACAGACUCCUUUGGAAUACUACCGACCACCGCACCCGUGGCUCCUGCAUAUAGUAGAGGCUAUGAAUCUGCGUUGAGUCUGCAUGCUUUUGACGCUUACUCGCCAUCGUCUCCAACCGAUUCUCUACGAAGUCUGGCUGCGCGAAUUCUAUCAAUGGCAAGUCCGACAUCUCCUCAUAGCGCACCGGCAGCCUGUGAAGAGGGUUCAGGGUACCCAUUUCCGAGAAGCAAUACCUUUCAAAACGAGUCUCUAGGAGAUCUGAAGCGCGAGUGGAUCCGCAAUACCGUUCUAUUUUGCCAUGAUCAAGCAUGGAUGCGUUAUGUUUGCGACAGCCAUCUAUCGUUUCUUAGCCAUGUGUAUGCUACCUUGGUAUACCAUGACAUUGACGAAGGUUUGCUGUACGACAGUCGUCUCACCGUAUUCGCCAAAACCAAGAUUCUCAGACUGAUUAGCAGUCGCUUGGAUACGGACAACGCUACCAUCAUCUGCAUACUACAUCUCAUUAUCAGUGAAAUCGGGAGUGACAACGAGGGUGUCUUCAGCGUGCACCGCGAUGGUUUGGCAACCUGCUUGAGAAGCCAUCGAGACGGGCUGAAUUCGGGCGUUGCCAGGUUCAUGACACUGAUAAUGUUGACUUUUACCAUCGCAAGAAACCAGCCGGAAUCUGCGGAAUUCACGCCGUGGUUUCCAUCUAAAAUACUGUCGGACAAUGGUGCCCUAAUCUCGCCCCUUUCGCCUCCCAUCACACAUGCUUCACACUUGUACCGUGUUUGUUCUGUGGGAGCAGCGGGAAUCAUCAUGGAGAUCCAAAAUUUUACAGACAUUGGGCAAUUAGCCAACUGCGACUCGCAGCUCCAGUCCAUCUACUCACGCCUUCUCUUACUGCCAUCCACCGAGAGCGACAUCACCCCAGAUUGGAUUUACGAGAGCUGCCGUAUUGCAGCUUUGAUCUACUGUCGAUCAAUGGUCCAUGGAAUAAGUCUCGCAGACUCUGCAAGCGUUGUCCAUCCAGCCACUGCCAGGUCCGACACGAAGAGUGCUACACUGUUACUAGCUCUCCACGAAACGCUUGAGAGAACAAACAAACAGAGCUGCUGGGGCCAUGAUCUAGCGGGUGUCUUUCUAUGGGUCACUCUCAUAGGCGCUUCCGCAUCAUGGGCUUCUCCACGCCUUGAAUCAAAAGAUGAUGUGCAGACAGCCACUUGGGUAGCAAAAUGCUUCUCACUACAUGCAGUGAGAGCUGCAGUAUCGGUAUCUUCUGAUCAUAUAGAUGCUACGAUCCACGCCUUGCGCGUGUUUUUGAAAGUCCAACACUGGGUGGCGGUCAAGGCCGGCUCCCUUGGUUUGGCCUGA